CUCAUGAAGAUUCACUCUCUCGCUCUUUUGAUUGAGAGAGAGUAGAGAGUAGAGAGUAGAGUGUUUGGUUUUUGCAGAGAUGGAUGGUGACGGUGAUGGUGAAGGAGGAACCACAAGGAAGAGAGGAAGAGAGGGCGAGACGACGAGGUACAGAGGAAUCAGGAUGAGGAAAGGGGGCAAGUGGGUCGCUGAGAUUCGAGAACCCAGAAAGACUUCCCGGAUUUGGCUCGGUUCUUAUUCCACGCCCAUUGCGGCGGCGCGUGCUUUUGACACCGCCAGCUUCUAUUUCGGGAAACCAUUGGAUCGCCUUAACUUCCCGCAGCUUCUGGUCGGAGAAGGUGGCCCCGCCGGUUGCGACAUGUCGGAAGCUUCUAUUCGGAAGAUAGCCAGGGACGUCGGUGCCGGAGAGGAUGCUCUCCAGGCCAUCCUCCACCGCCAGCAUCCACACGUUUCCGCCGCCGCCGCAGCCGGGGAAUUUGCGGAACGGGUUGACCUUAGUAAGAUAACCGAACCCGAGAUUUCGGAUUGUGUCAAAGACAGGGAUUAGAAGCUUUUUGUCUCUCUUCUUCCCUACUGUUAGGGUGGUUGCUAACAUGCGCCGUGGAGGUUACGGCUUGAAGCAAGGAGAUGUCGAUGUUGAGUGAAAUCCUAUCGUGUCCUUACGUGGAUUAGUGCAAUUUCAAGGAACAGUGGCCUGCGAUAAAAAAAUUAUCACUACGCAUCAACAGUAAAUUUUGGCAAAAUGUCACGCGCCAUCAUUCGCUCUACAAUAUAGCGAAUUAUGCAUGCAAGUAAUUCGCUACACAAUAUAGCGAAAUAUGUCACGUCAGAACCAAAAAUGCCACAUGUCAAAUUUUGAGAAAUUCGCUACAUAGUGUAGCGAAUUACUUAUAUGCAUAAUUCGCUACACAGUGGCAUUUUUGGUUCUGUGCAUUCUGACGUGACAUAUUUCGCUACAUUGUGUAGCGAAUUACUUAUAUGCAUAAUUCGCUACACUGUGUAGCGAAUUAUGCUGCGUGACAUUUUGAUAAAAUUUACUGUUAGCGUGGCAGUCUAGUAAUUUUUUUAUCCAAACGUGA